AUGUCUGAUCAGAACCAAGGUAACUCUAACAAUUACCAGAACUACUAUCAGAACUAUAACCCUCAACAGCAGGGGUUCCAGCCUCAGCAAGGGUUUCAACCCCAGCAGGGCUUCCAACAGUACCAACAACCUCAGCAGCAGUCUCAACAGAACUACCAACAGUACCAACAGUACCAACAGUACCAACAGUACCAGCAGCCACAACAGAGUUUCCAAGGGUACAACCAGCAGCAAGGGUAUCAACAGUACAACCAACAGCAGGGGUACCAAGGUUACAAUCUACAGCAGAAUGCCAACCAAGGUGGUUACAACCAGCGUGGCGGUUACAAGGGUAACUACAACAACAACUCUAUUAACCAAGGUGGGUACCAGCAGUACCAGAAGCCUCAGCAGGGUCAAGGUAUGUCUCUAGACGACUUCAAGAAGCAGCAAACGCAGCAAGCGGCGCCUAAACCUAAGAAAACUUUGAAGUUGGUGUCCAGUUCCGGGAUUAAACUGGCCAAUGCUACAAAGCCAGCUGAGGUGAAGGAUGUGCCUGCCGAGAAGACAGAAACCAAGGGUUCGGAAGCUGCUACCGAAAAAACCAAGGAAAGCACUCCUGCCGCUGAAUUGCCAAACGUUGAUGGCCUGAAGAUUUCUGAGUCCAAGAAGGAAGCGUUGCCAAGCCCUGCCCCAGAAAGCUCUAAACCUAAAUCUAAUGCUGACGCUGCAGGAUCUGACUCCUUGGUGAAGGAGCAAGAGGAAGACGUCGAUGAGGAGGUCAUCAGGGAUAUGUUUGGUGGGAAGGACCACGUUUCUUUGAUCUUCAUGGGUCACGUCGAUGCAGGUAAGUCUACUAUGGGUGGUAACCUGCUGUACUUGACUGGUUCUGUCGAUAAGAGAACCAUCGAGAAGUACGAGAGAGAAGCCAAGGAUGCAGGUAGACAAGGUUGGUAUCUGUCGUGGGUCAUGGACACAAACAAGGAGGAGAGAAACGAUGGUAAGACCAUUGAGGUUGGUAAGGCUUACUUUGAGACUGAAAAGAGACGUUACACUAUCCUGGACGCACCAGGUCACAAAAUGUACGUCUCUGAAAUGAUUGGUGGUGCCUCUCAAGCUGACGUCGGUGUCUUGGUCAUCUCUGCGAGAAAGGGUGAGUACGAAACCGGUUUUGAAAAGGGUGGUCAAACGAGAGAGCAUGCUUUGCUGGCCAAGACUCAGGGUGUGAACAAGAUGAUCGUUGUCAUUAAUAAGAUGGAUGACCCAACAGUGGGCUGGUCCGAAGAGCGUUACAACCAGUGUGUCGGCAACUUGACCAACUUCUUGAAGGCCGUCGGCUAUAACGUCAAGGAGGACGUCAUAUUCAUGCCUGUUUCCGGGUACAGUGGGGCGAAUCUGAAGGAUCGCGUUGAUCCAAAGGAAUGUCCAUGGUACAGUGGACCAUCUCUGUUGGAGUACUUGGACAACAUGAACCACAUGGACCGUCGUGUAAACGCUCCAUUCAUGCUUCCAGUUGCUGCAAAGAUGAAAGACCUGGGUACUAUUGUCGAGGGUAAGAUCGAAUCUGGGCACAUAAAGAAGGGUCAAUCUACACUGCUGAUGCCAAACAAGAUUCACGUUGAAAUUCAAAACAUCUAUAACGAAACAGAGAAUGAAGUGGACAUGGCCAUUUGUGGUGAACAGGUCAAGUUGAAGAUCAAGGGCGUUGAGGAGGAAGAUGUCACCCCUGGGUUUGUGUUGACCUCGCCAAAGAACCCGAUCAAGAGUGCCACAAAGUUUGUUGCCCAGAUUGCCAUUGUCGAGCUAAAGUCGAUCAUGUCUGCUGGUUUCUCUUGUGUCAUGCAUGUCCACACUGCCAUCGAAGAAGUUACCGUGACCCAAUUGCUACAUAAACUGGAGAAGGGUACCAACCGUAAGUCGAGGAAACCUCCUGCCUUUGCCAAGAAGGGUAUGAAGAUCAUUGCUGUUUUGGAGACGGAGGCCCCAGUGUGUGUUGAGACUUACCAGGACUACCCUCAACUUGGGAGAUUCACUCUAAGAGACCAAGGUACCACUAUUGCCAUUGGUAAGAUCAUCAAGGUGGCGAACUAA